UGUCACACUUUUUCCACAACAGGUUAAGCUUGUAUGCAGAAAGUGACAAUGGGUUUUGUGAAAAAUAGCUUUUGGGUGUCUUUAUUUCCUACAAAAUUCUGUAUGUUGUUUACCAUUUGAAUACAUCAUAAGAAGGAAUCUUCAUAUUCACAACUACAUGUGAAAUCAAGCGUGCUGCAUUUGGAAACGAGAUUUCUAUGAUUGCAGUUAUAUAUUUGAAUAUUUUGAGAUGCCUAUUCGACCUAAUAGUAACUCAACAAUGGAUGGCAGACACCCUCCGAUCAUGUUACCACCGGAUUAUAAAAUUUAUCAGAUGAAUAAACGACUGCAGGAACGAACAGAUAACUGUGACAACCAAUGGUGGGACACUUUUGCUUCCGAGUUUUUCGAAGAUAAGUCCAUGCUCACUCUAUCUUUUUGCUUGGAGGAUGGUUUAAAGAGAUAUACAAUUGGAAGGACAUUAAUUCCCAGGUUUUUCAGGACCAUGUUCGAAAGUGGAGUGAUAGAUAUGCAGAUGGUGCUUCGCCUGCCUAAGGAUUAUAUGAAUAAUGCUAAUGGCACAAUAACAUUGGACUGUGAGCAUGCAACUAUGGUCAUGCACCACAACAAGCCUGUUCCUACUAAAGUGUGUUCAGAAGGACAUUUGCUUGUGGAUUUUAGUGCCGAUGAACUAAUGAGAAUUCGUUCAUGGCAUUUCGCAAUACAGACGCACCUAGAGUACAUACCUAAACAAGCCCCAAUGCAAAACCCUGGAAUUCUUGAAGAUUUAUGUAAAAACACAACACGCCAAGGUCUCACGCCACCCAUGCUUAACUACUUAAAGAUGUGCGUCAUUAUUGAGCCAAUGAAAGAGCUCAUGUCCAGGCAGAAAACCUAUAACAUGGAUCCACGAGACUGCCUCCGUAACUGCCUCUUUCAAAAGUGGCAGCGAAUGCUAAACCCAACAACUGAUGCCAGCAGACCAACAAAACGACCGUCACGAAAGCGGAAAAACUCCAGCAACAACAACACCCCUCAUGUUAGUCAACCACAGAAAAAGAAAGGUUUCCAAACGUCUGAAGUAAUGAUGGUCAGCGAACCAACACUCAUGGGUUGUGAGUUUGGAGAUGAAGAUGAAAGAAUGAUCACGAGAUUGGAGAAUAAUCAAUUCGAUGGGCCUUCAGUAAAGUCUGAAGAGCAUGAUACAUCAGCUGCUAGUUUCCCAAGCAUUUCUUCUCCCUCUAAUCCAGCAGGUUGGCAAGGACAUCCCCCACAAAGUGCUGGAAUGCCCAAUAACAUUAUACCGAAAAGUGAGCCUGCAGAUCUGGCCCCUAACCCCACCCCACCUUUAUCCUCUAGCACUUAAUCUUUCUUUUUUGUGCAAAUUUACAUGAUCCAAAGCUUACGAUGAUGUUAUUUUUCCAUAGAUAUUAGUAGGAUUUUUCAUGAAGCACCUGUGUGAAAUUAAUGGUCUAUAACUGUUUUUUAUAAUGUACAUGAAAAUUUGAUAAUUGGUGCAAAAAUGAAACUCUCCAAAUGUGAUAAAUAUAUGCACAAUCCAAGGACCUGUAUUUAGUAUAUUUGUUUCAUCUACAUGUUUACUAAACAUGACUAUGACCUCGUAACUAUUGCAACAUCAAGUACAGUGUAUAUUUCAAAAUUUUGCCUAAAACAGUGAAGCUGAUUGCAAAAUCAUGUCCAUUUCACUGUUAACUAAUCUUGUGUUAAAUUCAAUUAUGCAAAGUCAUAAUUGUUUCUUCUUAUCAAUUAUUCCCAUGGAACAACUAAAUGUUUGUAUUUUCAAACAUUAGUGACUUGAUGAAAUAUGAACGUAAGCAUUAAUUUCAGUGUUGUUUAUAUAAUAUUUGUAAAAACAAUGGUGCUGCUAUUAAAUUGCCACAAAAAUGUU